AAAGACAUCCAUCUCCUCCUGCAACCCCUCCUGCCUCCUCAGACCCGUCAGUGUUUCAGCACCAUGGUCAGCGCACGGACACUCCUGCUCGCGGUCACCUGCUGCUGCGCGUACCUGUGGCUCGUGCGCGCAGAGGAUUCCUCGCUGGAAACGCGCUCGCUGGAUUUCUCGCUGAAAAGUCAACAAGAAAAAGAUCUGAUUGACGCGUUACAAGAAGUACUGGAGAAGCUGAGGAGCAAAGAAAUGCCACUGGAGAAAAAGCUUGGCUGGUUGCCUUCGUGUGACGCAGGGGAGCCAUGCGCCGUGCGUAAAGGCGCACGCAUUGGCACACUGUGCAGCUGUCCCCGGGGAACUGCCUGUAACUUUUAUGUCCUCAAAUGUUUGUGAAAGAAGACACAAUGGGUGAAACAAAUAAAUAAGAAAACUGGUGAGCAUAAAAGUGACUUGAGGGAGUUCAGGGGUUUGGAGUGUCACCUCCAUACUGUGAGGAAUGGCAUGGACGGCUGCCAAUGUUAUCAUUCUCUUUGUGAUAAAGAUUAAAAAUGCGAUGUGACAAAAGCAUACUUUGAAUAGAUUCUGUAUGUGUCUCUUUGUUUAUGGUCGUGGGAAGAGACAAGUCUUUUGUGUCGGACCCAGUGAUAUUAUUAUGCCAUCCCAAACCAACGCAAAAAGGAACAUAUUGAUUGGAUUUUUCCAUGCACCAUAAAUCAUAAUUCAGCUUCCUCAUACAAAUUCCCUAAAGGACGUAUAAACUUUAACUGGGCCGAGUUAAAACGUGAAUAGAUCAAAUAGUCUGCAUGUGUCUCUCUUUGAUGAUCGUAGGAAGAGACAAGUUAUUUGUGUAGGAUUGUGACAUUUAUCAAAUAUUCUUGUAUUUUCAUAUUUGUGUUGUUGUUGUGUGUUUGUGGACAAUACAGCCUGUGUUUUCUGAAAUAUUUGUCAAAUGAUAAGGCCAAUAAAUUGUUAAAUGAAUAAAUAAAUACUUUUAUGUUCAA